UAAUUACAACCAGUUAUUUAUUUAUAGGAGAAGUUCAUAUAAGACAAUGACUUCAAUGCAACCUUCAGAAUUGGUCCUAAGAGAUAAGAAUAUCUCCAUUUUGGUUUAUAUUACCACCUGCUACAGAUAUUUUUUUUACUUGAUUUUUCUAAAGCAUAUUGUUUUCUGGUCAGGAGCAAUCCAGGUUUUCGAUUGAUGGCCUCAAAGGAGCCUGUGGGAAUGACUACUAAACUUGGAAGUGACAAAAUAGAGACCGAAGUGGGAGUUGAAAAUGGAUGUGGUUUGUUUGAUGAAAUGAAACAUCGGUUUCUAAGUUUCAAAAAGCAGAAAUUCAUGGAAAACUUAGAACAUUACCAAAAUCUUUCAAAUGGUCAAGCACCAAAGUUUAUGGUGAUUGCUUGUGCAGACUCCAGGGUUUGCCCCUCAAACAUCUUGGGAUUUCAACCAGGAGAAGCAUUUAUUGUCCGCAAUGUUGCAAAUAUGGUUCCCCCAUGUGAGAGUGGACCCUCAGAAACAAAUGCUGCAUUGGAAUUUGCUGUAAAUUCUCUUCAAGUUGAAAACAUUCUAGUCAUUGGCCACAGUCGCUGUGGAGGCAUUCGUGCCCUUAUGAGCAUGGAAGCUGAAGCAGAUUCAAGCUUUAUUCAAAAUUGGGUUGUUGUGGGGAAGAAUGCAAGGUUAAACACAAAGUCUGCUGCUCAUAACCUGAGCUUUGAACAUCAGUGUCGACAUUGUGAGAAGGAAUCUGUAAAUUGUUCAUUGUUAAACCUGCUAACUUAUCCAUGGAUUGAAGAAAAAGUGAAGAAAGGCACACUCUCUCUUCAUGGUGGCUACUAUGACUUCAUUGACUGUACAUUAGAGAAAUGGACACUGGAUUACGAAAGAAGCAAUUUAAAGGAAAGUGAUAAAUUUGCAGUCAGAAACCAAUCAUUUUGGUGCUGAAUUUUACUUCAGUAAUCUCUAUA